AUGGCGAAGGGAGUCAAGUCAGCGGUACCAGCAACGCCGGUCAAGUCGAGUGGAACGCGCAACGAGGCUUCGGUGCGCUCCGGAAGCUCGUUCUCGACCCCAGCGACGGGUCGGAUGGAGUCGAUCGACGAGCGUUCGGCGAGCUGUGACACGGCGAUUGAUUCCUCGGACGCCAAAGAAGAUGACGAAGAUGAUGACUGGGAUCCGCGGUUGUGUCGGCCGGCCGCAGUGGAGGAUCGAGGUCGAUCACCCGCGUUCAACGACAUGCCGGGCCCCGAGCCCGCCUACGACGCGGAUGACGGUGCGACCGACGGUUUCAAAGCCUCGGUGACGGUAGGAGGGGCAAUCUCCAAGCCAGUUGGCACUCGUCCUCCCCUCAACGGCGAUACUCCGGCGGCCAACAGGGUUCUAGGCCGAUGCCUGGAGCUGAUGAAGACCAAGAGCGAGUGGAUGCAGUUGUUCUCCCCGAAGCAGGUCCGCCAGGCCAUCUGGAUGGACCUCGAAGGGGCGUUGGCCACGCCGAUCAACUCAACGAGCACUAGGCAGGUCGCUCAGAACACUGUGGACCUCCUGCGGGCGAUGGGAUGCGAACCUCAGAUCCUCCCGACGGAGGCUGCUCUCGCGAGCUGGACGCCAACCACCGCCGCCGCGGCGCUUACCAAGUGGAGGAAGAAGUUGCGCGACGCCUUUGGAGUGGCGGAUAGAGGCCCAACGAAGCUUCGUUCGGCCCCGGAAGCGGUUGACCCCUCCAAGGUCCCGCUACCAGCGACCCCUCGGAAGGCAGCCACGGAUGACGGAGUCUUCGCAGUCAAGGGCGAGGCUUCGCCUUACAUGCAAGACUCGCACAUGGUAACCCCACGAUCUACGGACCGUACUGAACGUCUGGCUAGGGAGACCGAGGUUUCGUACGCAACGCCUGGCACGCGCGGGGCAACCGGUCGCCGGUCCAGCCACCGUUACAACCUCCGAGAUGGCUCGUCGGACAGUGAUAAUGAUCUCGGGUCCGACUGUUACGAGGGCGACCUGCCAAGCGAAUGGGCUCGUCAGGUGCGCGAACGGAGCGCGACUGACGAUCAGAGCUCAACCCCGAAGCUCGAGAUUACCACGCAUCUACCUCUCUGCAACAUCAAGUCGUUCUACGGUGUGCGCGACAAGAGCGAACACUCCAUGCAGUGGCUUCCUUCCACGCAAGACGAGACGCACAUGGAAACUGUUUUCUCCCAGUCUGCGAAGGCUCGGUAUUACUCGGCCAAGCGAGAGGACAAGGAGCACGUAUGUGACUACCUCAACCGGCUUAACGGGUACGCUCGCAACGCCGGCGUGCAGUUUGAGAACGGUGGACGUGACGCGAAGGACCAUGUGGAACACUUCUUAGUUACGUGUGAUGACCGAAACUUAGAAGACCGUCUGUGCCACGUUCGGGUCAAGAGCAUUCAUGACCUCGAAGACAUGAUCAACGACAUUCUGCGUCACCGCGACCGCAAAUCGACCCGCGAAUCAUCGUUCCGCCGCUCCCCCAGUCAAGAUGACAGUCGCCGUCGCGACGCGCGGUCGAACGAGGAUUCUCGAAGUGGUUAUCGCCGGGAACGACGUUACCGUGGCGACGACCGCCUCACCGAUCGUCGUGAUGACGACCACCGCCGUGACCGACGUGACGGGUCACCGCACCGGUCGAGGGUGACUUUGGUCGACGCCCUUCCCGAUGUAAUGGCGGAAUGGAACGUCGGAGGCUCGGUCGGUGCACGCAACGAGGCUUCAUACGCCUCCCGACGUGAUGCUGAGGCGAACGAGGAUUGCUUCGAGGAUGGGCACCAAUACUCGGACGACCAACGCUCGGACGAGGAUUCAGACGCUGAUUACGACUCGGAUGAGUCUACUGGACAUGUCGCUGCCGCUAACGAUGCUGACCACAGGGCCGCAGCCGAAGGAACGUUCGCUCGGUCUGAUAACCGACGCUUCAGGAACGGAGGAAGCCCGUCCAACCGUGAACGAGAUGGUCGGCGCCAGUACGGGCUGUGUGCCGCGUGCGGAAGCCCGUCCCACUCGGUGCACUUCUGCUACCGGCGGUGCAAACUGUGCAAACAGGUGCACGACGCUGGGAAGUGUGAAGCACUCCACGAGCUCACCAAGCUCCUGAAGUCCAAGGUCGACAAGAAGGAUCUGUCGCCAGAGCUGCAAAGCCUGGUGUCUGGAAGCCAUUUAAACCAGGCAGCCCGCCAACUGAAACUGGGUUGGUCCCAAUCGGGCUGCCACAGUUAG